CGUAAAGCGCGGCGGUCGAACGGCCGGUUCCGGCUGAAUGUCAGUGCGGAGCUGUGGGCCGGGGAGGAAGGUGGUUGGCGGUCCCCCUACCACCUCCGCCGUUGUCUCCUCCGCUUGUGUUGCCGCUGCGGGCGCCCGGCCGCUCGGCCGCUCGGGCAUGAGACCGUGAGGCGGGCAACGCGUCGGGGCCGCCAACAUGUUUGGCCGCUCGCGGAGCUGGGUGGGCGGGGGCCAUGGCAAGUCUUCCCGCAACAUCCACUCCUUGGACCACCUCAAGUAUCUGUACCACGUCUUGACCAAAAACACCACAGUCACAGAACAGAACCGGAACCUGCUAGUGGAGACCAUCCGUUCCAUCACUGAGAUCCUGAUUUGGGGAGAUCAGAAUGACAGCUCUGUAUUUGACUUCUUCCUGGAGAAGAACAUGUUUGUUUUCUUCUUGAACAUCCUGCGACAGAAGUCAGGCCGCUAUGUGUGCGUUCAGCUGCUGCAGACCUUGAACAUCCUCUUUGAGAAUAUCAGUCACGAGACCUCACUUUAUUAUUUGCUCUCUAAUAACUAUGUAAAUUCUAUCAUUGUCCAUAAGUUUGACUUUUCCGAUGAGGAGAUUAUGGCAUAUUAUAUAUCGUUCCUGAAAACACUUUCGUUAAAACUCAACAACCACACCGUCCAUUUCUUUUACAACGAGCACACUAAUGACUUUGCCCUGUACACAGAAGCCAUCAAGUUUUUCAAUCACCCUGAAAGCAUGGUUAGAAUUGCUGUAAGAACCAUAACUUUGAACGUCUACAAAGUGGAUAACCAGGCCAUGCUGCACUAUAUCAGAGAUAAAACCGCUGUUCCUUACUUCUCCAAUUUGGUCUGGUUCAUUGGGAGCCACGUGAUCGAACUUGAUAAUUGUGUGCAGACUGAUGAGGAACACCGGAAUCGGGGGAAACUGAGUGACCUGGUGGCCGAGCACCUGGACCACCUGCACUAUCUCAAUGACAUUCUGAUCAUCAACUGUGAGUUCCUCAACGAUGUGCUCACAGACCAUCUGCUCAACAGGCUCUUCCUGCCCCUCUACGUGUACUCACUGGAGAACCAGGACAAGGGAGGAGAACGCCCGAAGAUCAGCCUGCCAGUUUCUCUCUAUCUCCUGUCGCAGGUCUUCCUAAUUAUACAUCACGCACCCCUGGUGAACUCGUUAGCUGAAGUCAUUCUGAAUGGUGAUCUUUCUGAGAUGUACGCUAAGACCGAACAGGAUGUUCAGAGAAGUUGUGCCAAGCCCAGCAUUCGGUGCUUCAUUAAGCCCACCGAGACGCUAGAGCGCUCCCUUGAGAUGAACAAGCACAAGGGCAAGAGGCGGGUGCAGAAGAGACCCAACUACAAAAACGUUGGGGAGGAAGACGAGGAGGAGAAGGGGCCCGCCGAGGACACCCAGGAAGACGCUGAGAAGACUAAAGGUACUGAGGGUGGUUCAAAAGGCAUCAGGACGAGUGGGGAGAGUGAAGAGAUAGAGAUGGUGAUCAUGGAGCGCGGCAAGCUCGCGGAGCUGGCGGCCAACACAUCUGUGCAGGAACAGAACACCACGGACGAGGAGAAGAGCGCCGCCGCCACGGGCUUGGAGAGUGCACUGUGGAGCAGACCCUUCCUCGAUAUGGUGUACCAUGCCCUGGACAGCCCAGAUGACGACUACCAUGCACUGUUUGUGCUCUGCCUCCUCUAUGCCAUGUCUCAUAACAAAGUUCCGUUUACAGAGGACUCUGCAGUAGGCAUGGAUCCUGAGAAACUCGAGCAAAUCCAGCUCCCAGUGCCCGGUGCGGCCGAGAAGACCACCUACAACCAUCUCCUGGCUGAGAGACUCAUCAGGAUCAUGAACAACGCGGCCCAGCCAGAUGGGAAGAUCCGGUUGGCGACGCUGGAGCUGAGCUGCCUACUCCUAAAGCAGCAAGUGGUGACCAGCAUGGGCUGCAUCAUAAAGGAUGUGCACCUUGCCUGCCUGGAGGGCGCAAGAGAAGAAAGCGUUCACCUAGCGCGGCAUUUUUAUAAGGGAGAAGAAAUUUUCUUGGACAUGUUUGAAGAUGAGUACAGGAGCAUGACAAUGAAGCCCAUGAAUGUGGAGUAUCUCAUGAUGGACGCCUCCAUCCUGCUGCCCCCGACGGGCACGCCACUGACCGGCAUUGACUUUGUAAAGCGGCUGCCGUGCGGCGAUGUGGAGAAGACCCGGCGGGCCAUCCGGGUGUUCUUCAUGCUCCGUUCCCUGUCACUGCAGCUGCGAGGGGAGCCCGAAACCCAGUUGCCCCUGACGCGGGAGGAAGACCUGAUCAAAACGGAUGAUGUGCUAGAUCUGAACAACAGCGACCUGAUCGCAUGCACCGUGAUCACCAAGGACGGCGGCAUGGUCCAGCGCUUCCUGGCUGUCGAUAUUUACCAGAUGAGCUUAGUGGAGCCCGAUGUGUCCAGGCUUGGCUGGGGCGUCGUCAAGUUUGCAGGCCUCCUGCAGGACAUGCAGGUGACCGGCGUGGAAGAUGACAGCCGCGCCCUGAACAUCACCAUCCACAAGCCUGCGUCCAGCCCCCACUCCAAGCCCUUCCCGAUCCUCCAGGCCACCUUCGUGUUCUCAGACCACAUCCGCUGCAUCAUUGCCAAGCAGCGCCUGGCCAAGGGCCGCAUCCAGGCAAGGCGCAUGAAGAUGCAGAGGAUAGCCGCACCUGCCUUUCCGUUUCUACGACCAGUGCCGCCGGGGCAGCAGCGACCCCACGGUGCAGCGCUCUGUGUUCGCGUCAGUGGACAAGGUGCCAGGCUUUGCCGUGGCCCAGUGCAUAAACCAGCACAGCUUGCCAUCCCUGUCCUCGCCAUCUGCCGGCGGCGGGAGCCCCAGCGGCAGUGCGAGCACCAGCCACUGCGACUCUGGAGGUACCAGCUCAUCAUCCACCCCUUCUGCCACCCAGAGCCCAUCAGUCAGGAAUGGCAGGAAAGGACGCCGGCGAGUGUUCAGCCUGUCGGAGGCCGACAGUCACGGUGGCCACUGGGUUUAGUGCUUCCAACGGCAGCUGACACGGCACCUCCCGCAGGCGACUCAGAUGACCCCGUGACUAUGGAACAGCUUCAGCCUCAUCUUCCCAGCCAGUUGGUGAUCGUCAAUGACAUGGACGCAGAGGCCAGGCCCAGCAAGAGCCUGGCAAGGAGCGCAGACGCGGAGACAGUCAACCUGUCCCCCAGCCUCAUCCCCGCCCAGCAGCCCACCAUCUCCCUGCUCUGUGAGGACACUGCCGAUACGCUGAGCGUGGAGUCGCUGACCCUCGUCCCCCCCGUCGACCCCCACAGCCUCCGCACCCUCACCGGCAUCCCCGCACAGCUAGAUGAGGAGGCCGCACACCCGGAGCCUGCAGGCCCCGCCGGGCACUGAGCGGGCGCCGAGUGGCCUCCCUUUGUGUGUGGGCCUGCUGGCAGGGACCCAGUACAGCGGACUCAGAGACACAUCGGGAGCACCCACAGUCCCCGCAGCCCCAGGAACCACGGCUGCCAUCUCUUCUCGCGCACCUUUGCUCCGUUUGAAUUUCCCAUUUCACUUUGCACCUCUUAGAGAGCAGGCUGGACCUGGGGGAGACACCCCCGUGAACCCAGAUGACCAGGCAGCUGCCUCGGGGAGGAGGGUGGCCUCCUGGUCUCUGAGCCUGACGACCCUGGGGUGGCAGGACCCCCGCCCCCUCUCUUCAUCAGCCAGCUGCCCUGGUCUGGAAGCUCUUCGGCCACCACGCCCAGUGUGCCCAUAACAACUGGACCAAGUCACUUUGGGUAGAAAUUUGUAGAGAAACAAACUUUGAUAAGCAUCUCCUUUGGAUAUUUAUUUCCGCUUUUGGCAGCAGAUAAAAAGCAUUUAUUUAAAAAGCAUCUAUUUAAAAAAAAAAAAAAAGAAUCCUCAGCCCUUAAGGUUUGACGUCAUGUUAAAAGUAUAAUAUUACUGUUAAGAUUUCAUUUUCAUUUUCCCUCGAACUUCCCAGCGUUGUGUUCUAAAGCUCUCGGUCUGGCUUUCCCCAUUUCCUUACUUCUCUAGCACUCGCUAACUCUGCGAGCCUGUGGAAUGAUAAGUACCUUCCUGGAAAGUUUAGCUUAUUUUUUAAACAAAGAUAAGGGAGAUACAUGUAUUCUCAGGUACACCCAGAGCUGAGAGGGCCAAAAGUUUCUCUGUCGCGGUAGCCAAGGCGCCUUGCCUUGUUCCCUGAAAAAUCUUCCCAGGAAAGGGGCCAGUGCAGCCAGCUCCCCGCUCAGGACCCAUCCAUCUCUCUGGACUGAAACCAGUCAGGACGGCUUCCCAGCGUCACCUUCAGUUCUUGCCACCUCUCUUUGUCUAGAGAGAACCAUCUGGGACCGCGCAGACCCCGGCCCCGUGGCUGUGAUGGAAAGAGGAGGCCACAGAGGCCAUCUUCCACGUGGCCUGUGCCCAACCGCGUGCGUGCAGGCUGCCGUGCGGGGCGACACCCAAGGGCCAGGUCCCACCCGCCACAGGCGUGUCGACCAGUCGUCCUGGGAGCUCAGGUGUGCCACUCUCCCUCUCGGCUGCCGCUGCCGAGACACAAGCUGAUUUGUAAAAUGGGAACCCCCCAGUUGCUUCUCGAUUUGAGCCGGCUGCGUGCGGGCCGGUUCUCCGACAUAUCUCAUCGUGCACCUGCGCCGUUCCUGUGUGCGUGGCCAGGCCCAGCCCGGUGACCCUCGCCUCUCCCGGGUCGGCGCCAAGACCUUCCACACUUUCCUCCUCGUGUGCCCGCCCAGAGUGCCAGCACACCCGGGCCCGGGGACGGUCGGCCUGUUCAAGGACCGCAGGCCUCAUGGCCUCCCUCUCACCCUGCGGUGGCAGCAGAACCCGCCAAGGAGGGCCGUGGCACCCGUGGGGACGGGGCUCUCCAUCAGCAGAAGCCCUCUGCGCAGCUGUGCCCGCCCCGCUUCAACGGGGAAGAGACCCAGCCCGGAGAAGGCGGCGUGCCGGCAGAAAUUCCAGGGGCCUCAGCAGGAGGGAUGAGCCAUGACCAUUCGCAGAGCCCCGCAGCAAGGAGAGGCAGGUGGGCUGGAAGAAGGGGUCAGGCGGUCCCUGACGAGAAAGGGCAUGUCAUCAGCUGCAGAGGCCUGCAGCCAGCCACCCAUCCUACCGGAUCCUUUGCUUGGAUAGAAGAGCAGGCUGGCGCUCUGGUUUUGCAGGGACUCUGGGGCAGCAGAAAUGACGGAAGGCAAGUAACUACCCAGCCCGGUGGCAUUAUUGUAAAGAACAGGCCCCCCUCCAGGACCACCAGCCUGCCCUCUGAAAUCCAGUGGCUCCCAGCGGCUCCAUGGCCACCGAGCACUGAAGGAGUUGGGGACAGCACGGCGGGAGGUCCUGCGGCAGCAUUGCCGAAACCCGGAGGGUGGAGUUGAACAAAAGGUGCCACCUGCCGAGGGCAGGCGUGCCCCGGAGGUGGGCUUGCAGUGUGGGUCCUGCAGCUUGCCCCAGCAGGACACCUUUGGGCAUGGGGUGGGGACUUCCUUAACCAGGGGCUCCCUGUCACCUUGCGGGUGAGGAGAAUGCAUGCGUCCUUGUAUGAGAAGGUCUGGGGUCUACAGGAGGCAGGCAGCCGUCUUGACUCUGAUGAAGGACCUGCCUUGCUAGGUCUUGACCAUCAUGGUGGCCGUGGGCAUGCUGUAUCUUCGGGAGCACCCCGCAAACCUAACAGCAGGGGCUCUCCGAGGCAGGCCAGCCCAGACAGGGUGCGCCAGGACUCUGGGGCCGGGCAAAGAGAGGUAGAGCCGUGAGUCCUUGCAGAGCAGGAGUGGGGACUGUGCCCUCCUGGGCUCAGAUUUCUGGGGCCAAACUCGGCAAGCCCACGUGGCCUACCAUCUGUCUCCACGUCCCACCCUCCUCAAGUCCAUUGGGCCCAUUGGGUUUGCCAAGUCAGGGGCAGGGUUGGCCACAUGAACCCUCAGACCUCAGCUUUGAACACUGUGUGGAGAUGCUAUGUCCUUCCACUCUAGGGGCUCGAGUGAGCGAGGGCACCUUUUGCUGAAGGUCAGACGGGGUGAGGCCGGGAGCUCUCCAGCACUAGCCCCAAAGCCCCAGCAAGCAUGUGGGGCAGAGAUGCCAUCCCAGGGAGGGGCGGGAGGAGGGCGUCCACCACUGCAGGCCUUCCCUGCUCCCUUUCCCUCCACCCAGCCUGUCUGGGGCUCCCUACUCUCCGCAGAAGGCAGCUCCCCCCCACCCCCAGCCCGGGCGGGAGUGAAGAGACCUACCUCGUUAAAGACAUACACUAGAUUUCUCUAAGGUCUCACGAUGCACUGUUAGAAAUAAAGGCACGGCGUGAACGGA